AGCAAAAAGCAGGGGGUGGCUCAUAAAAGAUGCAUCCGAUGUGUUCGGAUGCAUUAUAAUGCAUUUAAACUUGCCAUUUUAUUGCCUGCCUUUGCUAACCAAACGUCUUUCUCCUUUCCUUGCAGACUAAAAUAGUGCCGUUGUACUGACUAUCACAAUAGCAGCAAGGAUGAAUGCCGAAGAAAGGGGGCAGAUAAAGGAGCGGUUCUGGAAACGUGUCCAGAAGGUGAUCGGUCUCGUGCCGCAUCGAGUCAUGGCCUUGCUGGAUAUGUUCGACCUGUCAGCAUCGCAAGUCAUCGCUGAGGCAAGUGUGGAAUGGCCGAAACUCAUCGAAGAUGAUGUCAGAAAGAGUGGUGUCGAAAUUUUCGAUGAUGCCGUAAGCCGAGGGCUCACAAGGUCAAAGUACGAUGUGUUUGGCCGGCAACAGAACGAUCUGGCAACAUUCACUGUGCAUGCCGCUGAAAAGGUUUCGAUCGACAAUGUAGGCAAAUUGAUCCGAAAGUACGGGAUACGCCAAUUCAUCGAGGGCUCACCGGUACUAGCGAGACGGUGCCAAGAAAUUGGUACAGACCAAGUAAAUCCUAUUGCUGACGAUUCGAAGAAAAUGCUUCUAGAGAAGUUGGCCAACUACUACCGUCAGCACGAGGAAUGUGGAGUCGACCCCGACUACUUCGUAGACUUGCCAGUGCUUACCAUUUCAAACACCGGGGACCAAGCGACAGUACGUGUUACGUGCGCAGUAUGCAAGAAAACACGUCCCAUGUGCAAGGGUUCUGGUGGCAAUUGGGUUACGAAUAAUUAUUACCAGCAUGUUCGUACACAUUUACGGGGAGUGGUCCGUAGAAGAGAAGAAGAACUGGCAAGUCUAAGUUCAGAAGAGGACACGGAUAGCGAUGGAGAUGGCGCUCACGGGGAUCGCGCUGUUGGUGGUGGCAGUGGAAGCGUUGAGGAAGCUGAUGUUGGCGGUGGCAGUAGUGUAGCUUCGAGAAACGAUAGCGUUGACGAAGCAGCUGUUGGCGAUGGCAGUGGUGGAGCUUCGAGAAGCGGUAGCAAUGAGGAAGCUGCAAAUGAUGGUGACAGUAGUGAAGCUGCUAUUGUCGAUGGUGAAACUGUUGUUAGCAGUGGCGAUGGUGGACCUGCGGAAAGCGGUAACGAUGGUACAGCUCCUGUUAGCGCUGGCGGUGAUGGAGCUGCUGGUAGCGGUGUAUGUCAACCGAGCAGAAAGUCGGUGGCAGACUUGAUCAAUCAGUAUCAAUACGCCGGCGAAGAACCACGGGACAGUGCAGCCGAAUGUCCUGUGGCAACUUCCAAGGCUUAUAACCUGAUUAAGCUCUAUGAGACCAUCGCAUUUAAGAGUGCAUGCAAGUUACACUACACCGAUGAAGAAAAGGACAUGUCGUUGUAUCGAUACAUAAUGGCUGGGAAGAAGUAUCAUGAGUUCAUGGUUGGGAAUGUUCCCGGCAUAAGCCGAGCUACCCUUCUAAGGCACAUGGACAAACAUACAACGGACAUUAAAGAUGGGGUGAUCGACGCGGCGGGUCUGAAGCGUUACCUGACCGAGAACGGCUAUCCGCUGACGGUGAUGCUUGCGGAGGAUGGGACGAGGGUUACCCCGCGUGCCCAGUACGACGAGCGAACAAACACUUUGACUGGACUAGUAGCUCCGCUUGACCACACGGGACUUCCCAAACGAAACUACUUUGACGCCAGCAAUGCGCAGGAUAUGGCUGACAAGUUGAAAAAUUGCCGACUGGCAAGCACUGCAUACGUUCAACUAGCAGUACCUCUAGAUCCAAAUGCGGCCCCGUACGUGCUGUUCUACAUGGGUACGGACAACAGCUUUACGUAUGCAGAUGUACUCAAGCGUUGGCUUCACACCAUCGACUUGCUGAAGAAGCAUGGCAUCACCGUUUUUGGUAUAGCUUCAGAUGGGGACCCAACUCUCCUGAAGGCAAUGCUCAGCAUCAUGCAAUUGGCAGAUGUACCGUGUGAUGAGCUAGGUGUUAGAUUUCUUUGGAAACUUGUUCAGCGCACCUAUCUGUACCAAGAUAUAACGCACACAGUGAACAAACUAGCGCGCAAGUUGUUCAAUCGCAAACGAGCGUUAAUGAUUGGUACAUCGGUGGCUAGCGUUACCCACCUCGAUGCCCUGUUGGAUAAGGUUUCGAAGGACAAACACGGUCUCACGUACGGUGAUCUUCACCCGACCGACCUCAUGAGCUUUCGACCUACGGAAAAAGUAAUGGAGGAAGCCGUUAUCAACCUGUUGGAGGAACAUGUGCCUGGUAGCGAGGGCACGGUAGUGCUGCUCCGCUACAUGAGCGCUAUAUACCGAGCAUAUACUGAUGUAUCGUUGGCGCCGAUUGAAGCCAUCUCAAUGCUCUGGUACAGUUAA